GAGUCGAAACUACGUGCGCGUUCCCGCCCACCUGUGACAGAAACCGCCUGAAAUGAGCACGCUCCCGCGACUCCCUCCCCAUUCAAGGUGCGGCAGUGGAACAGGUGCGUGACUAACCUCCGAGAGACUUUAUAAAUUGAAACAUCUCCGUUUUCUCACCUCAUUUCAGAAAGCCAAGGAAUACGCGAACAGAUAACAACAGCAGAGUUAACUUUACCAAACCAAAAAAAAAAAAAAAUCAAACUUAGCCAAACAUCGUCAGGUAGUGAGGCGUGGUGGGAUUUGAACCUUCACAGCAGGUGGACGUCGUCUUUUGUCGAAGAAGAAGUUUGGAAAAAAAAAAAAAAAAUGGCCAACUCGGGUCUACAGAUUUUGGGUUUCGCCCUGUCCCUGAUCGGCUUAAUUGGACUGAUAAUUGGAACCAUUUUGCCCCAGUGGAAGAUGUCCGCGUACGUCGGGGACAACAUCAUCACGGCGAUAGCCAUGUACGAAGGCCUGUGGAUGUCCUGCGCCUUCCAGAGCACGGGACAGAUCCAGUGCAAAGUGUACGACUCCAUCCUGCAGCUCAACAGUGCCCUCCAGGCAACCCGCGCCCUCAUGAUCGUGAGUAUCAUCGUAACGGUGGCUGGAUUGGGCGUAGCCUGCAUGGGAAUGAAGUGCACCAACUGCGGAGGAGAUGACAAAACGCGCAAAUCCCGCAUUGCCAUGGUUGGUGGCAUCAUCAUCCUGAUUGGAUCUUUGUGUGCCAUUGUUGCCUGCUCUUGGUAUGCUCAUGAUAUCAUCCAAGCCUUCUACAACCCUUUCACUCCUGUCAAUACCAAGUACGAGUUUGGUUCUGCUAUCUUCAUUGCCUGGGCUGGAUCAUUCCUGGCUGUAGUGGGAGGCUGCAUGCUGGCAGCAUCCUGCCCAAGAGAAAAGUCCACACCAAAGUAUCCCAUCUCCAGACCCCCCAGCAGCAAGGAAUACGUUUGAGCAGUUAGAGGCUGAAGGAACAUUUUGACAUUCAUGCUAGACCAACUCAGAUAUUGAAACUUUGAAAAGAUGUAUCCCAGGAAAUGUUCAGUUUGGUCUGUCUUUUUUUUCCGUAUUUUAUUUUAUAUUUUAGUUUCUUCAGGGCUUCCCUGUGAUGUUACUGUAACAAUAUUUUAACUAAAACAUUAAAGAUUUUAAUAAUGGCUGUUUACUUAAUAAAAAGCUUAUUGGCCUUGCCCUGUCCGGAGCUACAGUUGGUGCUUACUGAUGUAUGCUAUGUAGUAUCCUAUCCACUUAGUUAACACCUGUAAAGCACUAAGUUAAGGUGAAACACCAAUGAUCUUUUAGUACUUGGUAUGUAGAAAUUUAUAUUUUGCAUGCUACAACGUACAGUGCAUUAGAAUGUACAGUUUUAUUGGGGAAAUAGUUUGAUUGCACUGAAUAGAAACCUGAUGUGGCAAUGGACAACUCUAACUCCAUCUAUGACUGUGAAGGCCAAACAGGCAGUAGUUCAUAAUCUGGCACCUGAGAAGCAAUUUGCUACCAUUAUUUCCAUUUAUUUGUGCUUUUUUUUUUUUUUUUUUAAUUUAUAUGAAAACUACAAAUCAUCCAGUACAACUGUAGAUCAUUUAGAAUCAGUAAAGUGCUGGAAUAAAAUGUAACUAUAUAAAUUCAAGUAUGCUGAUUCCUCUAACUCAAUUUGCCAAUGUUUUUGCUGACAUGCAUACAGCAUGACACAUGUUGUGAACUAUCCAUUUGUUCUGUAAUGCUAACAGUUUGUGUGAAUGGGCCUGGCUUAAUGCUAUUGUGUUUUUAUUUUAUUUCUUUUAGUCUGAAAAGCUGUUG